CUGCCAUAUUGUGAUCUCACGCAAGCUUCCGGUGGUCGUUUCCGAAACAGCAAAGCAAGGGUAUAAUGUUACAGACCGCGGUGUUGAUAAUAAUCUAAAACUCCCAGUGUAUGAACACUUCCUUAGUUUAUUUGUCAGUAUAACAUUCAUAUUUUACACUGUCAGUAAGCGCUAUUGCACAGGUGGUGUCUCCGUGUUUGUGCUUGCCACCUUUCCACACAGCGAGCGAAUUCGAUGUAACGCUCCGCGCAUUAUGCUAUUCCAGCAGCUGGCCAUUACUCUUCCGAUGCACAUAGGCUGUAGCUCUUUACCGAUGGGGUCCUGAUGUUUAUGGACAGGCUUUCUGAAUAGAGAGCUCCAUCCUAUACCUUCUCCUUUCCCUGAGCCAGACGAGCGCAGCAAGAGGUGCCAUGCGGGUGAGUUUCUGCCAGGGCCUUCUGACUGGAGCCAUCGCUCUGAACCUGCUCAUCCUCUACUAUGUGUCCCAAGCCCAGCAGCAGAUUAUGGAGAAACGCCGGGACCCAGGAAGGGGCUCCAGGAAGGCUGCCUUACCUGCUUCCGGGCUGGAGGGCAGCAUGGGGGGCCUGGUAGGGGUUGGUGCGGGGAUGGUUGGCGCUGGAGGUGUCGGGGGAGAGGGGAGCAGCCACGGCCCUCGUGUGACUGUCCUCCUACGGGAGUUUGAGAAUUUUGAGAACUACGUCGGUGAUGUGGCACGCUCCUUCCUGCACCAGAGACCUGAGCUGCCCUUCCUGGCUGUGUCUGACACCCCGCCCUACCCCCCUCUGUCUCUCCCCGAGGGGGCCCGUCUCCUGGUGCUCUCCCCCAGCCCCGAGCAGCCUCCGCAGGCCCACCGGCCAGAGUUCCACGUUCAGACAGAGUUUGUGCUGCUGGUGCCUGACGGGGUGGAGCUGGAGCAGGGCCGGGCUGUGGAGAGGCUGAUCCGGGAGCUGGAGGGGGAGGGUGGGGGGCCCGUGAGGCUGGUGGCUUCCCCAGUGUUGGCACGCUCGACCGUUCAGUGCCUGCACCUGCGGGUCAGCCUUAGAGAGUGGACGGCCACCUAUUCCACAGCGGCGUCUGGGACCAGUGGUAGCGUGUGUACAGCCCUUCAGGGGGACGUGGUGGUCCUCAUCCGCUCUGAGGACCUCUUCAACCUGUCUGUCCCACUGGGGAGGCCCCUGCUGCCCUCACUCUUUAUCCAGACCUCCCUGCAUGGCUGGAAGGUCAAGCUCCUGGAGAGCCCCUGCUUCUCCCCCAGCCACCGGCCUCUCUUCAGCUCAGCCCACAACCAGUGGAAGGCAGACAGCCAUCUGAAGGAGGCCACUAGCCAGCUGAUGAGGAACUUUGGGCUGAAGCGUCUGCUACUGGCUGAUGGGAAGGAGCAGUGGCACGGCUGUGGGAAGGAGACGGAGCGUUGCUUCGGUACGGUCCGGGACGACACCCCUGAGUACCUGUACCUGGAGCGCUGGACACCUCCCUGCUGCCUGCACGCCCUCCGCGAGACCACCAAGUAUGUGAUCAACAUCCUGGAGAGCUCCGGGGUGCGCUACUGGCUGGAAGGAGGCUCCCUGCUGGGGGCGGCCCGCCAGCAGGACAUCAUCCCCUGGGACUAUGAUGUGGACCUGGGCAUCUACCUGGAGGACGUGCCCAACUGUGACUACCUGAAGAACCUGGACUCUGGUUCUCUGGUGGAUGCUAACGGCUAUGUGUGGGAGCGGGCAGUGGAGGGGGACUUCUAUCGGGUGCAAUACAGCGAGGCUAACCACCUCCAUGUGGACCUGUGGCCCUUCUACCCGCGGAACGGCGUCAUGACCAAAGACACGUGGAUGGAGCACAAGCAGGAUAUGGAGUUCCCCGAGCACUUCCUGCAGCCGCUGGUGCCGAUGCCUUUCGCCGGCAUCACCACCUACGGCCCGAACAACCACCGUACCUUCCUGGAGCUCAAGUUUGGGGAGGGGGUCAUCGAGAACCCCCAGUACCCCAACCCUGCCAAGAAGAGGCUGGAUAGGAGCCGGCUGUGAGGGAGGGGUGUGGCUGGGACCUUUGGAGCUUUCAUGUGGCCCUACAAAAGUACAAAACGAUUCGAGCCACAACCCAAAACAUAUACAGUUGAAGUCGGAAGUUUACAUACACCUUAGCCAAAUACAUUUAAACUCAGUUUUUCACAAUUCCUGACAUUUAAUCCGAGUAAA